GGCUCGAGAGGAGAGCGUCUCUCUGGGUUUCUCCCCUGUUAUUCCUUAAAUCAUGGGACAUAAAACUGCUUUUUUUUGUUUUUGUCUCAUUGGUUUACUCAGAUUUGGAUUAUGAUUGUGGAAUAACUUUCCUCUCAUCUCCUCUGGGUAUUACCACAGGAAUAGUUGGUGUGGAUGUGUGCUUAUGUGUGUGUGUCCGUCCUGCAUGAUGCGUGCUUCAUAUAGUCUUGAGUGCAGCAGCAGCAGUGGAUCAUCAUGAGAGGGGGUCAGCACCAGCGAGGGUGUGGGUGUCAGCACCUGUUCAGGAAACUGCUCGGCAAAUGUGGCUGCUGCUUUGUUCGAGUGAGAGCAGAGUCGUACUCUGUGGCAGGUAGUACCGGCAGUAUCACCCCAUCAGUGGGCCCGGUGCCCCUCCAGGCCUCAGGCAGCUCCAGCCCCUGCUCACACUCCUCCUCUGCAGGAUCACGGCACCCUGUCAGCGCCCUGAAGAAAUGGCUCACCAAUCCCGUCCGCAAGCUGAGCUCUGAUGCCAGAGCCGGAGUGGGGAAAGUUGAGAAGCAGAUGUGCAGGUCAGACAGCAGGCAGCCGCCGUCGCUCCUUUCCCACAGUGAAGCUCAGCAGAGGCCUCUGGAACCGCACGACAGUUACACCAUCCUCCCGUGUGCAGACACACUGGUGUGGAAAGACGGUCUGUUGAGUCCAGCAGCUCCUUCUCCUACAGAGCCGACCUGUCCAAGCUGCCUGGCUGACCUCCUGCAAGCGGGGGACAAACAGACUCUAAGUCAAAGAUCCAGCAUGAACUCUCUCCAAGGGGAGGACGGUGGCACUGUGACGGACGACUCAUCCAGCCAGUGGUCGGCUGCAGUGGACAGCGAAGAGGAGAGAAACAUUGCCUUAGAGAAGAGCAUAUAUGUGCUGACAGAGCUGAUAGAGACAGAAAGGCUGUAUGUGGAAGAUCUCGGGCUCAUCGUGCAGGGCUACAUGGGCAGCAUGGCUAAUCAGGGAGUCCCAGAGGACCUGAAAGGGAAGGACAGGAUUGUGUUUGGAAACAUCCAUCAGAUCUACGACUGGCAUAAAGAUUAUUUCCUGGGAGAGCUGGAGAAAUGUGUGGGGGAUCCCGACAGCUUGGCCAAGCUCUUCAUCAAACAUGAGCGGCGUCUUCACAUGUAUGUGGUUUACUGUCAGAACAAACCCAAAUCAGAGCACGUUGUCUCGGAGUACAUUGAGACCUUCUUUGAGGAUCUCCGGCAGCAGUUGGGUCACAGGCUGCAACUCAAUGAUCUGCUCAUCAAACCCGUUCAGAGGAUUAUGAAGUAUCAGCUUCUCCUGAAGGACUUCCUGAAGUACUACAGCAAAGCAGGAAGGGAUGUGGAGGAGCUGCAGAGUGCCGUGGAGGUGAUGUGUUUCGUGCCAAAGCGCUGUAAUGAUAUGAUGAACGUGGGCAGGCUCCAAGGUUUUGAGGGGAAGAUCACGGCUCAGGGGAAGCUGCUGCAGCAGGACACUUUCUCUGUUAUCGAACCAGAGAGCGCUCUCCCGUCCAGAGGGAAGGAGAGGAGGGUGUUCCUGUUUGAGCAGCUGGUCAUCUUAAGUGAGCCUAUUGAUAAGAAAAAGGGCUUCUCUUUGCCAGGGUACACUUUUAAAAACAGCAUCAAGGUCAGUUGUUUGGGCGUAGAGGAUUGCUCUGAUAAUGAUCCAUGCUCCCUGGUGCUGACCUCCCGUGGGACUGACGGCAGUGUGACGCGCUUCAUCAUGCAGGCAUCAUCUCUGGAAAUAAAGCAAGCUUGGCUCGAUGACGUGGUUCAGAUCUUAGAGACUCAGAGGAACUUCCUUAAUGCCCUUCAGUCUCCUAUCGAGUACCAACGCAGGGAGAGCAAGUCCAACAGCCUCGGCAGGAACAUGAGGUCUCCGACUGCUUUAGCAUCUGGCCUGCGACCUCACUCCUCUGCAUCGAUGGACAGACGACGGCAGCCCUGCCUGCUGUCCCAUAACACCUCCAUGCCCUCUCUGCAUCCACCACACCACAGCCCGGCCUCCAAGGUGUUUUCUAGUCCCUGUGCUUCAACCCAUCGAUCAGCUCUCCUUCCACUUCCCUCCCAUCAGCAGCUCAGUCUGUGCACAGAAGCGAGUCUCGACAGUGGGACGUCCAAUGGCCUGACAUUCUGCAGCCAGCACAGCAUGCAGGGUGUGACUGCCCGGGUUCAGGCGGCCACAUUAAACGAGGGUUCACAACCAAACAAUCUGGAUCAGCUGAAGGAGAGCGAGCAGUGAGGACCUACAGUGACAAUGAACCCACUAUACCUUUCUGGAGCAACAGCCCCUCGGCUGAGUCAGCAUCGUUUGUUUCACGCCUGUCUCAGUGUUUCUCUUCCUCAUAUUUGGUCCUCAAUUACACUCCGACUUUCUUUUCCACCUUGGUUUUGGCUAACCUGGAUUCCUUAUUCUACAACACAUUGGUUUAAUUGUGUGUUUACUCUGCAUACACACACAUGUACAGGCGAUGAAAACUGAUGUGUUAAAAUAUGGUUGUGCAGCACCACAGAGACUGUAUUUCAUAUCUUAUAUGUAGACAUUUCUUACUUUUUUCAUUGAAAAUUGAUGGGUGGAUAUUUUUGUAAUAAAUCAUAAGGGACCAAUUCGACUAAAUUGAGAGAUACCCUGCAUUCUGAAAAUACUGAGUGACUGCGGUUUCACUCGGGGGUCUGAAUCAGGUUGUGUAUCUCUGUGUUUCCCUGCAGAUUAGCAAAUAGCUGUUUUUUCCCCUUUGGUGGGCUAUUUUAACCCUGCCAUUGUUAAACUGUUAUCUGAACGAAACACAUUUGCAAACUCACACAAAGCAUGCGUCCUACUCCAGCAGAAAGAGGAAAAAGGGAACAAAGAAAGAACAGAGGUGCUCACCUGUCACUUUCAUCUUGAAUGUAAAUAAUCUCAUGUGGGAUCGUAUCAAUAAAGAGUCCCUGUGCUGUCCCAACACACACGGGACUAAAGCGAAAUGCUGUUGUCAUCAUCUUUUUUUAUCAAAAACUAAGAUAUUUCAGAGUAACAUUUCGUCACACAGUCACGGCUUACUGAGACAAUGAGACAACAGGACCCUGGGCUCAGACAUGUUAGAGGACCCCCAACCCUCUGUCAGCACAUGGGAGCAAGACCCCCAGAUUGAGUGGUCAAUGGGCUGCUGGGCACAGAGAGGUGAGCGACCCUGGCGAGACGCGGGUCAAAACCGACCUGCUGCACUUUGUCGGUGCGAGCCAGAAAGAAGUUGAUGACCCCGUCAGUCACAACACAGUUAGGGUAGCCUUGGAUGACGUGAUGAAAUCCUCUCCUCAAGUGUAAACAGUCUCCAUCCUCCUCCCCUGACUCAAUUGAGAUGGUCUGUCUGUAGGUGGCAGUGUAACCCGUGGCCUCCCGCACUGCACCUCCCACCUGGAGAUUCACACACACACACAAACACACACACACACACACACACACACACACACACACACACACACACACACACACACACACACACACACACACACACACACACACACACACACACACACACACACACACACACACACCAACACAAAAGAACAACACAACCCAUGUGGAUCAAUAAAGUUUGGUUAACGACACCCCCUGGAUUGCUAUAAGCAGGGUUUCCAUCCAAAUGUGUCACAAAAAGAGAAAUUCCACCUUGGUUUUGGCUAACCUGGAUUCCUUAUUCUACAACACAUUGGUUUGAUUGUGUGUUUACUCUGUAUACACACACAUGUACAGGCGAUGAUAACAGAUGUGUUAAAAUAUGGUUGUGCAGCACCACAGAGACUGUAUUUCAUAUCUUGUAUAUAUGUAUGUAGACAUUUCUUGAUGGGUGGAUAUUUUUCAGUUUUUCAUUUUCAGUUAUUUUAUACAAAAGGUUCUCUUUUUUUUCUCACCAGAUCCAGAGUGGUUCUCUCUAAAACAUCCACAAGUUUCUCCAGUUUGGUGUUGGCUGUGAAAAUGAAGUCGUCAUCCACCCACAGCACGUACUUCGUGGUCACCUGAGAGACGGCCAGGUUUCGUCCAGCAAACCAACCCUAUGGGAAAUGACGCAGAGGUGAGCACUGUUGGGGCCAUAAUCCGGAAGUGGAGAGAACAUCAUUUCACCAUAAACCAGCCACGACCAGGUGCUACUCGCAAGACUUCUGACAGAGGAGUGAAAAGAAUUAUCAGAAGAGUUGUCCAAGAGCCAAGGACCACUUGUGGAGACCUUCAGAAAGAUCUGGAAUUAGCAGGUGCCUCUCCAAAAUUGACCCCGAUCGCUGCCACACAUCCACUGUGGUGUAAGCCCGAGUGGGCCAUGAAUGAAUGAGGGCCAGCACCAGCACCACAGACACCAGGAUAGCGAGCAACACCGUCUUUCUCAGGGAGCGCAUCCUGAAACCUGAUGCAAAAAUGUUGAUGUUGAAAUUCUUCCUGUGCACACAAAGAGAUCUACUUUAUAGUUACUUUAAAGCUAAUGUGAGGCUGCAAAGAUUCAAAGGCUUUAUUGUCAUCUGCAUAGAAAUCUUAAGUCCCAGACUCUUCCAACAAAGCAACAUAAAUAUCUAAGACAUAAAACAAGAACACAAGAAAAGAAAUAGUGCAAGAUUAUGUUGCAGGACCAAUUGUGAAAGUAAUGUAGAAGUAAACAUGUCAAAAAAAUGAUAAAAUAAGCCUUAAGUUGCAGAUUAUGUAUUAAGUGAUCAGGUAGUGUGCUGCCUUCAGGCAGAUAUAAAACAUUUUGGGACUUUUAUUUAAUGUGAAAUUCAUUUAGCAGGAAUACUUUUAUUUUGACAUAACGUCACAGUGUUAGAAACAGGAAGUAGGGAGUUGGAAGUUAGUUGGAGCAAGGUUAGCUAAUGUUAACAUGCUGUGAAAGGGCUCCUUCUCACGAAACGCGGACUCAUUUGCCCCAGCAGAGGCAUCACUUGUAUGUAUUCCUUUCUUAAUGUUGUUAAACUUUGUUGUAAUUUAUAAUUUCAUAGUUUAUGUCGAAUUCAUGUUGUUAAAAAGCAGUUAUAAAAGUAAAUGGUUUAAAAACGAUUUUUUGAAGAUGUUAGCUAAAUGUUAGCUACAGGUCAGUUUAGGCACUGCAGUCAACAGUGAAUGUCAAGGUCAUUAGUUUAGCUUGUCUAGUUGAUGUAUGUUAACUUUCCAACCAAGUAGAACCUAAUUAUAUUUCUCAUUGUUUUAUUUUUAGUUUCACUUUCCUGACUUUGUGAUUUUGUGAAGAAUUUCAAUAAAGACUGCAUCACGGAUAAAGGAAAGUUUAGCUCACUGUCUAGCUGGGUUCCCACACCUUAGUGAGGACAGUACAGGUAGUGUCAUUCUAAAUCAAGUGGAUAUCUUUCAAAGUUAGUCAUCUCAGCAUAUAAAGACUGUGGUAACAGAAAAAGGAAAAUACAUCUUAAUGUUGUCCCCUAUCAUAAAUACUGUAUGAUAAAAGCCAGACAGACUUGAACAAUGCAGCUCUGUCUCCAGUGACAGAGCAUUCCUCAGAUUCUGUGUGGUGACAUUCAUGCAGCCACUCUGGGGUAAAAGGGAAAUGGAUUUUGAAGCAUUAAUUAAAUAAAGCACUGCAUUCUGGAGGGUAUCUGUCUGUCUGUCUGUCUGUCACCUUGUGCUCCAUAUUAAACAUGUAACGGAAAACAGGCAGAGUAAUUACAAUAUAUUAACCAGGGAUAAAAACACACCGGCCUGCGUGGUAAGCAGAAUGAAGAUCAGCCAGCUAGGUCGGUACAUCUUACAGUACACUAAAGUUAGCAUGUUAGUUAAACAAUUAAUAAAAUACAUUUACAUUUCUUUUAAUUUGUAUACAUUACCAUUUGUGGAAAAAAGACAAGUUAUACAUAAUUAGAAUAUUACUUAACUUCUCCUCUGUUCAGGCCGUUUGUACUCAGAAACUCUAUUUCUGCACUUCAUGUACGAGAGGAUGUGUUUCAAUUUCCUUAGAAGGGUGUUUAGUUGGUUGUGUGUGUGUGUGUGUGUGUGUGUGUGUGUGUGUGUGUGUGUGUGUGUGUGUGUGUGUGUGUGCUUGUUAGUAUCGUAUAAAUGUAUAAUAGUCCCAUUUAAUUAUAUAUAUAUAUAUGGCACUGUAAGUUUCUUCUGCAGUUAGACUUUCCCACAGUUUCUGGUCUAAUGUGUGCUCGGGGUCAGAUCGUUGUAUGACAUUGGUUGUGCAGGUCAUCUGACCUCCAGCUGGAAUUGAUUCUGUUAAAUGCUCUGCUCUUUAUUAAAUAACACAACUUUGAUUUGAAGCUUGUAGAUUUGUUCUUUUCUUACCACAAAGUGAUUAAGUGUGGAAUUUCCAUGACAGUUAGUUUGUUUCUUUUUUAGUUCUUGCUCCUUUUUUUCGAUCCAAAACUCAACCUAUUGGCCAGAAUGUUUUAAUGUUUUGCCGUGCUACUUCUGAACUUAGUUGACUUUAACAUACUUCAUUCUUCUUGAGUUCAGCGAGCCAAGGGGGAUCUAACAUUUCAGCUAAUUCAGAUGGCCAUUUGGUUAAAAUCAAACAAUUGCUUUACUUUUUGGCAACAAAAAUAUAUUAAAGGAGUAAAGAAAAGGGAUGCCUUUUGUAACCAACUAUCAAACAAUACUAACUCUUGUUCGUUUUGCUAUGACAUUAACAUAAUGACAAGCACAACUAUUCGUGACCUAAAUUUCUCUUAGCAAACUGCACAAAGACAGCUUCCUAUUAACUGCUGUUUGAGGGUACAACUUACUGUAAACCCCUUAAAUAAGGGUUCAAACAUUUUAAUUUGUAUUCAAUGCCAUUUGUGGACAAAAAAUAUCGUAUACAUAAUUAACAUAUUACUUAACUUCUCUUCCCUUCAGCCCAGCAUGUGUGUUUUAAUUAGUAUGAAUAUUUACCCUUCAGCCUCUAUCCAGUCAGUUAAAGGGCAUCCUCUGUAGGAACCUGCAUCUCCAGAAACUAUGUAGGUAGUCACAGAUAUGAGUUAGCACCUUCCCCAUCUGAAAACAAAAAUAAAUAUAAUUAGAAUCGACAGUAUAGCAAAUCAUAAAUAGCCCAGUCGUUCUUGACUUAUGGCCAAAAACAUGUUCUGUGCGGUCCCAGUGACCUUGAUCAUUCCAUAACUGAGUCUUUGCAUACAUUUGAGACAAUUUGAAGAGAUUCCCUCGUGGUGCUCCUGAAAUAUCCUGUGACGAGAAAGGGACGGAUAUGAGGUCACAGUGACCUUUUAACACCAAGUUUGUAUCAGUUCAUUCUUAGUCUUGCAUGGCCAGACCGAUCGCCAUAGUGCUGCACCCAUAAUUACUCUGGCACACAAAUUGUAUUUUCUAAAACCAAUCACGUCAUUUUUGGGAGGACUAAUCUAGGAUACAGCAAUGAUGCAGCAAAAUCCUGUAGAUAUCACAUAUAUGGAAAUGGAAGGUUGUCCAAGUAGAAGUUGGUGCCAAAUUUCAAGAGAUUCCCUCCUGAGUUAUCUUGUUGACAAUGAUGGGACUGACGAGUAGAAAUUAUUUUAAAACUGCAUGAGGAAAUUGCAUCACAGGGAAAACACAGGGAAGCAUCCAUAUGACACUUCAUUAGCUGCUUGCAUGGUCUUACAGCCCUCAGGGGAAAUUCAGCAGGGUUUGGGGGUUGACUGUUUUAGCUUUGUUGUGGUAGGGUAGGUAAAAUCCAUAGGAUAGGAUCAAGAAUAAGCAAAUCAGCCUGGCUGCUGUGGCCCUGUGCUCUUAUCCCUCAGCAGAAAUGUUUAAUCUUUAAGUGGUCCUUUUAAAAUGCUUCUUCCUGUUGUAUUGGUGACUAGGAUGGGUUAAAUGCAGAGGACCAAUUUCACUGUGUGUGCUCUGCUGUGUGCAUGUAUGUGACUAAUAAAGAGGGUCUCAUCCUCCGAUUCUA